UACCAUAAACAGCAAUGUUCAGAUGUUUAGAAACUUGGAUAGAAACCCAUGCAUAUGGUGUGAGGAAAAUGAGCAAAGUUUGUGCAGUUUUUGGUGGGUCCAGGGGAAUAGGCAACGCUGUGGUUACCAAAUUUGCUGAGGAUGGCCACAAGAUAGCCGUCAUCUCAAGAAAUAAGGAAUCAGUGGACAGAACGAUACAGGAGUUGGUUCAGAAAGGUCUCAAGGGUCCACAUCUUGGAGUGAGCUGUGAUGUCAGUGAUGAAAAGGGUGUUCAGGCCACAAUUAAGUCUAUACAGGACACACUGGGGCAUAUAGACAUAUUGGUUAAUUCUGCAGGUGUCAAUAAAGAUGCUCUUCUGUUGAAGACCUCGACCACAGAUAUGACAAGUUUGUUACAGACCAACCUUGUGGGGCCCAUGCUGACCUGCAGGGCUGUAGUCAGGUCCAUGGUACAGAGAAGAGCAGGCAGCAUCAUCAAUGUGGGAAGCAUAAUAGGGGUCAAAGGUAACCCUGGCCAGUGUGUUUACAGUGCAUCCAAGUCAGGCCUGCAGGGUUUCACCAAGUCACUGGCAAAAGAAGUCGCCUCUAGAGGGGUCAGGGUCAAUCUUAUUGUACCAGGAUUCAUCAAUACAGACAUGACCUCAGGCAUGAGUGAAUCAAUUAUAAGGCAGGCUGUACCACUGCAGAGACUGGGAACACCUGAGGAAGUGGCUACAGCUGUCAGAUUCCUCGCAUAUUCACCUUACAUCACAGGAACUGUGCUGGUUGUAGACGGUGGGAUGCAGCUGAACAUAUGAGCACUGGUAUGCAGAAUAAUCUAAUAAGCUAAAAAAA